AUGUCCGCCGUCGUCACCGGUGCGCCGGCCCCUGUGCCGGAGAAGAAGCUGGAGAAGAAGCCCAUCAAGUUCUCCAACCUGCUGCUCGGCGCCGGCCUCAACAUGUUCGAGGUCACCACCCUCGGCCAGCCCCUCGAGGUCGUCAAGACCACCAUGGCCGCCCACCGUGGCGACGGCUUCGGCACUGCUUUGUCCCGCGUCUGGAACCGAGGUGGUGUCCUUGGCUUCUACCAGGGACUUAUCCCGUGGGCCUGGAUUGAGGCCUCUACCAAGGGUGCCGUCCUCCUCUUUGUCGCCUCCGAGGCCGAGUACUAUGCUCGCGCCGCCGGCGCCUCCGAGUUUGGCGGCGGUAUCAUUGGCGGUGUCACCGGCGGUGUCGCCCAGGCCUACGCCACCAUGGGCUUCUGCACCUGCAUGAAGACGGUCGAGAUCACCAAGCACAAGAUGACGGCCUCGGGCCAGAAGGCGCCCGGCACCUGGGCCACCUUCAUGGACAUCUACCGCCGCGAGGGCAUCCGCGGCAUCAACAAGGGCGUCAACGCCGUUGCCAUCCGCCAGAUGACCAACUGGGGCUCUCGCUUCGGCCUCAGCCGCCUGGCCGAGCAGGGCAUCCGCCGCGCGACGGGCAAGGAGCACGGCGAGAAGCUCAGCGCCGCCGAGAAGAUCCUCGCCAGCGCCGUGGGCGGCGGCCUGAGCGCCUGGAACCAGCCCAUCGAGGUCAUCCGCGUCGAGAUGCAGAGCAAGAAGGACGACCCCAACCGCCCCAAGAAGAUGACGGUCGGCAACACCUUCAGGUACAUCUACGAGACCAACGGCGUCCGCGGCCUGUACCGCGGCGUCGCCCCCCGCAUCGGUCUCGGUAUCUGGCAGACUGUCUGCAUGGUCGCUAUGGGCGAUAUGGCCAAGACGUACGUCGAGAAGCUCACCGGCGAGACGGUCACUGCAAAGCAUUAA